CCCCCCCCUCUCUCUCUCUCUCUAUCUGCUUCUCUGCUUUGCACAUCCUUCCAUUCUUCCCAUAACGAAACUCCAAUCUCUCCCUCUCUCUGUGUAAUUUAUUAUUAACCCAGAAAGCAAAAUCAAGAAAAAGGGUGAAAAUAAAAAUAAAAAUAAACAGGAAGGAUCGAAAUUCCAUACCUUUAACCUCUCCUUCUCCUGCAUCUCUCAGGUUGCUCUUUGAUUCUUCCUCCUUCCAUGGCCACGACUCGGAUUUCAAAUCCAAACCCCACAUGGAAUCCUCCUCAAUCCCCACUUAAAACCCCCUCCGUCACUUGCUGAUCAUCGGAAUCCGAAUCUUGAGGGAGACCCAGAAAGGAAAACCAACGUGAAAAAGCAGAGAGGGGGCUUCUUGCGGAGUACUAUGCACAGAUCUGGAGCUGUCAUGGCCUGGAACGUGUUCAAGUUCUGCACGGCCCUCCGGGGACUCGGCUCCAUCAUGAUCCUCCUAGUCCUGGGGGUCGUCGGCGUCACCUACUACGCCGUCGUUCUCACCAAUUACGGGCCGGCCCUCUACGACGGCGGCUUCGACUCCUUCCUCGCCUUCGUCGUCUUGCUUCUCUUCCAUGGCCUGCUGGUCAUGCUACUAUGGAGUUACUUCUCUGUUGUACUUACGGACCCGGGCAGUGUGCCACCUAACUGGAGACCUGUAGUUGAUGAGGAGAGAGGAGAAUCUGAUCCGCUGAGCGGGUCUGAUUACAGUGCUCUGCAGUCUGAUUCUUCGAAUCCGAGAAUCCGUUACUGUCGCAAGUGUAACCAGUUUAAACCGCCUCGCUGCCACCAUUGCUCUGUCUGUGGAAGAUGCGUUCUCAAGAUGGAUCACCAUUGUGUGUGGGUUGUUAAUUGUGUCGGAGCAUUGAAUUACAAGUAUUUUCUGCUUUUUCUGUUUUAUACAUUUCUUGAGACAAGUCUCGUCACUUUGUCUCUUCUUCCACACUUCAUAGCAUUCUUCAGUGAUGGAGAGAUACCUGGGACACCUGGCACACUUGCGACCACAUUUCUUGCCUUUGUCCUGAAUCUGGCAUUUGCACUGAGCGUCUUUGGAUUUCUCAUUAUGCACGUUUCACUUGUAUCUGCAAAUACCACGACAAUUGAGGCGUAUGAAAAGAAGACCACUCCAAAGUGGCGUUACGACCUCGGGAGGAGGAAGAAUUUUGAGCAGGUAUUUGGAACAGAUAAAUUGCAUUGGUUCCUUCCGGGAUAUUCGGAAGAAGACAAGCGGCGGAUACCAGCUCUUCAAGGCCUCGAGUACCCAUCGAAGCCUGACUUUGAUUCCGAGGAGUUCUAGAGACCACUUUCCUCAAGAGGGAUAAAGAGGGAGGUUUUCCUUGUAACUAUACAUCACAGAGCCAUUUACUCUUUUUUACUGAUAAGAACGGCUUUUCACCUAACUUGGGCUCGAUAAUAUGUCAUUGGCUUAACAUGUUCAGUCGUGUAGAGAGAGAGAGGAGAGGCGGGAUGUUGAAGGACCACGGGGAAGGGAUAAGGGUCGAGAUGAUAAAGGUCAGGGUUCAAGCGGGAAGAUCAAAUGUAUGAUUGGACGUUGGCCAGGAUUUGUAGUCUUUGUUCUUGUUCUUGAAUGUUUCACGGAUCUUUGAAAUGUAAGAUAAGGAAAAUCAGCUUUUGGAGACUGUUGCGUCCUUUCUGAUUUACUUGGUGGAUUUGAUCAAUUGCUACGCAUUCGAAUUAUUAAGCUGACAAGAGUUUAGUAUUGUGUUCAUUACUUGA